CCGGAUCUUGAAGAGGGGAGAGUGGCGGGCUGCUGAAUAAGCUUCCAAAAUGAUGCCUACACCAGUUAUCCUAUUGAAAGAGGGGACUGAUAGCUUCCAAGGCAUCCCCCAGCUUGUAAGUAACAUCAGUGCCUGCCAGGUGAUUGCUGAAGCUGUAAGAACCACCCUGGGUCCCCGUGGCAUGGACAAGCUUACUGUAGAUUGCAGAGGCAAAGCAACAAUUUCUAAUGAUGGGGCCACAAUUCUGAAACUUCUUCAUGUUGUCCAUCCUGCAGCAAAGACUUUGGUAGACAUUGCCAAAUUAAUCAUCAUUCAAGCUUUCCGCACAGUCACCCAGCUGGCAGUUAACAAGAUCAAAGACAUUGCUGUGACUGUGAAGAAGGCAGAUAAAGUGGAGCAGAGGAAGCUGCUGGAAAAGUGUGCCAUGACUGCUCUGAGCUCCAAGCUGAUCUCCCAGCAGAAAGCUUUCUUUGUUAAGAUGGUGGUGGAUACAGUGAUGAUGCUCGAUGAUUUGCUGCAGCUUAAAAUGAUUGGAAUCAAGAAGGUACAGGGUGGAGCCCUCGAGGAUUCUCAGCCGGUAGCUAGUGUUGCAUUCAAGAAGACUUUCUCUUACGCUGGGUUUGAAAUGCAACCCAAAAAGGACCACAAUCCCAAGAUCGCCGUUUUGAAUGUCGAGCUCAAGUUGAAAGCUGAGAAAGACCAUGCGGAGAUAAGAGUCCACACAGUUGAGGAUUAUCAGGCAAUUGUUGAUGCUGAGUGGAACAUUCUCUAUGACAAGUUAGAGAAGAUCCAUCAUUCUGGAGCCAAAGUUGUCUUGUCCAAACUCCCCACUGGGGAUGUGGUCACCCAGUACUUUGCUGACAGGGACAUGUUCUGUGCUGGCCGAGUACCUGAGGAGGAUCUGAAGAGGACAAUGAUGGCCUGUGGAGGCUCAAUCCAGACUAGUGUGAAUACUCUGUCAGCAGAUGUGCUGGGUCGAUGCCAGGUGUUUGAAGAGACCCAGAUUGGAGGCGAGAGGUACAAUUUUUUUACUGGCUGCCCCAAGGCCAAGACAUGCACCUUCAUCCUCCGUGAUGGUGCCCAGUAGUUUAUGGAGGAGACAGAGCGGUCCCUGCAUGAUGCCAUCACGAUCGUCAGGCGGACUAUCAAGAAUGAUUCAGUGGUGGCUGGUGGCGGGGCCAUUGAGAUGGAGCUCUCCGAGUACCUGAGGGAUUACUCAAGGACUGUUCCAGGAAAACAGCAGCUGUUGAUUGGGGCGUAUGCCAAGGCCUUGGAGAUUAUCCCACGCCAGCUGUGUGACAAUGCUGGCUUUGAUGCCACAAACAUUCUCAACAAGCUGCGGGCUCGGCAUGCCCAGGGGGGCACAUGGUAUGGGGUGGACAUCAACAACGAGGACAUUGCUGACAACUUUGAAGCCUUCGUGUGGGAGCCAGCUAUGGUGCGGAUCAAUGCGCUCAGAGCAGCCUCUGAGGCUGCAUGCCUGAUCCUGUCUGUAGAUGAAACCAUCAAGAACCCCCGCUCGACUGUGGAUGCUCCCCCAGCAGCAGGCUGCAGCCGUGGUCAUGGCCGCCCGCACUGAGAGGCACCCCACCUAUCACAUGACUGGCUGACUGCUGGGUGCACCUACUCUCCUUGGGUUGGUUACUUCAUUUUACAAGGAAGGGGUAGCAGUUGGCCCACUCUCUUCUCACUGGAGGCUAUUUAAAUAAAAUGUAAGACUU